CCUGUUCAUUGUAUGUAUUUUGGUUCUUGUCUGGAGAUACCGCCGAUUCAUUCUCAUUAGACACAGUGGAUCGUUCAUUUAAACUUAUUUGAAUGAUUAGGUACUGAAUAUGCUUAGGACCGAUGCAUAUGAACUCAAGGUCGUUUUUCCUUUAGGAUGGCAACUUCUAUAAUCAAGUUGCACACGCUUUCGGGGACUGGUGAUAAUGGUUCACCUUGUUAUUUACUUCAGGUAGAUGAGUUUCACUGCCUUCUUGACUGUGGUUGGUGUGAGAAACUGGAUAGUGACUAUGUGAAAGAGGUUUCAAAGUGGGCCAAACAUGUUGAUGCAGUGCUUCUUAGCCAUCAAAGUUUACGACACCUUGGGUUGCUUCCAUAUCUUGUUGGGACAUGUGGACUUAACUGCCCGGUGUAUGCCACGACUCCUGUUUACAAAAUGGGGCAAAUGUUUUUGUAUGACUUUUUCCAGUCAAGACAUGCUUCUGAAAACUUUAGUCACUACACGUUAGAUGAUGUUGAUCUAGCAUUCGAUCAUGUGCAUCAAGUUAAGUAUCAGCAAACAAUCAGUCUUCAUGGUCGUGGCCAUGGUUUAUGUAUAACCCCACUUCCUUCUGGUCACACACUUGGAGGAACAAUUUGGAAACUAGUUAAGGAAGACACAAGUAUCGUUUAUGCUUUGGAUUUUAACCAUAAGAAGGAGAGACACUUAAAUGGAGCUACCUUUGAUGCUUGCAUACGACCACACUUACUAAUUAUAGAUGGUUCGAACACCUUAUAUACACAACCUAGGAGAAAAGAUCGUGAUGAAAAUCUACGUCAGACAAUUUUGAAGAGUUUAAGGCGUGGUGGGAAUGUACUUAUUGCCGUGGAUACUGCUGGAAGGUGUCUUGAAGUAGCCCAUUUUUUAGAACAAUGUUGGUUAAACCAGGAAUCUGGUCUAAUGGCUUAUGGAUUGGCGAUGCUAAAUUAUGUGGCUUUAAAUGUUGUGGACUUUGCAAAGUCAAUGGUUGAGUGGAUGUCCGAAAAAGUAAUGCGAUCUUUUGAGGAUCAACGAAGUAAUCCGUUUCAUUUCCGACAUAUGCAGUUGUGUCACACGUUAGAACAGUUAGAUGCUGUUUCAGAGCCUAAAGUUGUUCUUUCAUCACUUUCCGAUCUUAGUUGUGGAUUUUCUCGCCAGUUGUUCGCUGAGUGGGCCGACAACGACUUAAAUACAGUAAUUCUAACUUCCCAGGAAUCUGUUAUCACCGGAGUUGGUGAGUCGUCCAGUCAAAGUUUAAUAUCUCGACUUAUCGGGUUAGCAAGAAAAGAUAAUGAUGCGCGAAAAGAUCUGCCUACGAGUUCAACUGGGACUUCAAUCCUUCCUCUAACAUUAUCACAACGAGUAUCGUGUUCACAAGCAGACCAAUCUGGGUCCGAUAUUCCACAUUUAAAAAACUCAGCUAAAGGGUUUUCUUUCUCUCAGAACACAAACUCAGCGAUUAGUGAUGCAUGCGACGAGCUCAAUUCUGAAACAGAACCUGGAAACAGCUAUACAGACAUCCCGAUACCAUCAGCAGGUGAUAUUACUCAUAGUGAUGUUUCGCCACAAAUUACUGAAGGAAUCCUUGAGAAACAACCAUCUUGUGAUUCUGAAUUGGAAAAUGAAUCAACAUGUUGUUCGAAUCGCCCGUAUGGUUCAGAGGAAGGUACGCACGUAGAAAAAUCAAAAUCACUCUCUCUUACGUUGUCCGUACCAAGAGAUCAUUCGAAGAAAACAAUUGUUCCGAGCAAUACAACUAGGUUAUUUCCUAAGACUUCUUUACCUUUAAAUAUGGAACAAUUUGGAGUUACAAAUCUUCACUUAACUUCUGGACGGCAUCAAGCUGGAUAUGACAUAUAUCCAGGGCUUCAUAACCAAGCUGGAGGACAGUUUUUCCGUGUGGCUAAACGGACUCAGUUGCUGUUUCCUCAAAAUGAAAAGAAGAUUCACUGGGAUGAGUAUGGAGCACAUCUUGAUCCAGAGUUGUUCACUUCAACAGAACCAGUUUCUAGUCAGGCAGCAUUGCCGAAUUGGGAUAUCAAAAGUAAAGACACAAAACCUAAUUCAGAUAUUGUCUCAUCGGGUUUUUCAUCUACGUCAAUACUGGAUUAUUUGGUUGCAAGAACUCCAACUUUUGACGUUCUGGAUUCUAAUACUCGUUGUGUAACCCAUCAUUUGGAAAUACCUCUACGGUGUGAAGUUGUAUUUUUGGAUUAUGAAGGUCGAUCAGAUGGGGAAGCUAUGAAACGUAUUCUAAUUGGUCUGAGACCACAGGAAAUAAUUUUAGUUGGUAACAAUGCACCGGCCAUUGAUCAUUUAGCAAAUUAUUGUCGUGGUGUCAUGCUGUUAGAUCCCAACUAUAUACAUAUCCCUCAUCCACGAGAAAUUGUGAAUUGCACAAAAGAAGGAGAUAUUUAUCAGGCAAGAAUGAAAGACAGUUUAGUUUCUAGUUUAAAAUUCACAAAAAUACGUGAUUAUGAAUUAGCUUGGGUUGAAGCAACUGUAUCGCUCGAUGAUAAAUCUGAUUAUCAUAUUAAAGAAAAAAACAAUAAUAAUGCUGAAAAUAAUGGUAAUGAUGAUAAUGAUGAUGUGGAAAUGUCCACUGGGAAUAAUUUAGAAUUGAGAAGUCGAACGCCAUUAGCUGCUGAUCAGUUACCAGUUCUCAGUCUUCCUACUGGCCCUAUUGGACAACAUAAAACGGUUUUUGUAAAUGAACCGAAGUUAUCCGAUUUAAAACAACUUUUAUUAUCUCAAGGUUUAAUGGCAGAAUUUGUCAGUGGUAUAUUAGUAGUAGAUAAUUGUGUUGCAAUUAAACGAUCUGAAGCGGGUAAAUUAUUACUAGAAGGUUUAUUAUGUGGUACAUACUUUGAAGUUCGACGAAUUCUCUAUCAACAAUUUGCUAUUCUAUGAUGAAAAUUUCAAGAAAAGAAUGUCAACAAUAUUCUUUUACAUAUAAUAUGAUAUGUAAAUCUGAAAAAAGCAUUCUGUACAUAAUUAUACAUAUUACAUGGAUUUACGUGUAAUUUGUUAAAUAAAUUUAAUAUUUUGAUAAUCAACUAUCUUCUUACUCGUUGUCGUAUUUAUGUUUUACUUCAUAUAUAUAUCGGUCUUUUUUGCUUUGAAAGUCAUGUUUACGUAUGAUAUGCUCAUAGAUUGUUAGUGUUUAUUUUAUAAGGGACUUACUGCCUGUUUGUUUGUUUGCAAUACACAAUUACAACUCAAGGUUUCAAUAAAAGUUAGCAGGGACUGAUAUUCUCAUCACGUACUUAUUAAGGCUUAAAAAUAUAAUAAUCACUGAUGUUUGAUUUAUACUUUAAUUAUGUAAGGGUUAGAAAUACCGUUUACUUCCUGAAAUAGGUAGAGAUUUGUUUUAGACAGAGAGUUUGAUAAUAAAAAUUUGAUUACUUCAUUCAGUUUGGAAAUAUAAGCUUAAAUGUUCAUAAAAAGAUUGAUGUCGAAUAUUGAAGAGGUAACUGACUAGAUUAAAAUUGUUAUCCCAUUUUACAAUGUCCGUCUAUUUUUUUCCAUAACCUAAUUUAUUCUUUUGAAAAUGAGUAAGUUUAAUUCAUUAUCUCUGCUUCAUAAUUCACUCUAUUGUUAUAUAUCAUAAUCAAUACUGUAUACAAAUCUGUUGUAUUUAUUGAAUCUGCGUCAAUCAUUCAUUGUUAACAGCUUGUAUAAUUAUAUUAUGAAUCUUAAAAUACAAAUUAUAGAGGAGACAAAAUUAGCAUUAUAAACGAAUCCUACUUAUAUUCCCGAUAUGUAUCCUCAUUAUUUCUAGUGAAUAUCAGUUUUGAUUUUGAAAAGCUUUAUAAGAGAAAUAAUUAAUAAUCUGUUAAAUAUAUAUGAUAAUUUACUGUUGUCUAUUGAUAUUUUAAGUCUAUCACUCUUUCAUAGAUUUUACUUGUCUCAAGCUAACUGUCUCUAAAUUGUACAGUAUGCAAAUCAUUUCAGUCAUUUAAUAGUUAGUUUUUAAGUACAUAAUUCAUACCAUAUACAUUAUUCUAAACAUUCGUCAAAGGAAAAUAAUAUGGAACGUUCUGAGAAUAAAACUGAUUAGUUAAGGUAUGGGUUCGUAUUUACCAAACCAUCAAUAUUAUGGUAUAUUAUGAAAUUGAAUUAACAUUGUAAUUUUAAUUUUUAGUUGUCAAGUAAUUCUAUUCACUUUAAUUUGUUAAAUGAACUGCUAUUGAUCACCACCCAGUGAUCAAUCAAUUGUGAUUACAUCUCAGUGGUAACGUCUCUGACUGUGAAGCUGGGUGACACGAGAUCGAAUCCUCCAGGGAGCACCAGUUCCCUCAAGACUACAGGUACACCUUGCUGACGAGUGCUAAGUAGCACGAAACCCGGGUCCAGGGUUUCCUGUCGACUUCCUCCAACCACCAUCUGAACUGUUAUUUUUCACGGUUGUAUUCUUUGGGAUGGAAAUUUUUUCGAACCAAUUAAAUAACUACUUUAUUCAUUUUAUUAAAGCAAAUAUUUAUUACUUAAUUUGCCAAUUGCUAUUAUUAUUAUUAUUAUUAUUAUUAUUAUUAUUAUUAUUGUUUUAGACUUCUGAUUUCAUGUUAAAGUACAGCUUCGAUAAAGUUAUGGAUGAUGUUCAACUACUUGUAUCUCGAUUGCGUGCACGUGAAGAGUCGGUCGAUUUAUUAAGACAACAGCUAUGUAAAUUACAAGCACAGUUACUGAGUAUGCGACAGUGUCAAGAAACAAUUCUUGAGUUUGAUGAAUUCUCUAAACGGGUCUCUAAUCAACCAAAAGGUCCACUGAUUAUCUGUCUUGCAGCUGAGAACAAACAACUAGAACAGUUGAAAAUUGAAAAUAAAACAUUAAGAAAUUCUCUUGAUGAACAUCAAACUGCUUUAGAUAUGAUUAUGACUAAAUAUCGUGGACAAAUUUCUAAACUAAUGAGAACCUAUCAAGUUGAACAUCUUGUUCAAUCAGUUAUAAAUCCCGAUAACAGCGAAAAUCGGUGUAUAAAAUCUUCAUACCCGGAUCCAAAAUUAGUUAAUACACGUUCAACUAAUUCCAUUGAUUCACAAUCUGUAUCACAAAAAUCAAAUUCCGGUAAAGUUGACGAGAUAACAGAUAAUAUAACCCAAUCAUUAACUGAACAAUUUACUACGGUAGCUUCUAUUGUCCGUGACGUUACUGACCGUGGUGAUGCAUAUGCUGCAGAAUUAGAAGAAGAAUUACACCGAUUAAGAUCUGAAAAUGCUGGUCUUCGAGAAAUUUUAAUGAUAUCUUCUGAUUGUUGUCCUGAUACUAAUUCUAAUGAUUAUGUUCUUCCACCUGUAUCUUUACCAAAUAAAGAUUCUAUACAACAUGAAUCAUCUUCAUUAUCAUCUGUUCAGUCAGGACGAUUUCAUUUUCUUGAUGAAGAUUCUAGUUCAAUUCAUUUACCUGGUAUUGAUGAAUGCUUGAGUAGUGUUAAUGUCAAUGAAGAUUCAUUUUUAUACAAUAUUCCUAAUCCUUCUGAUGAUAGCAGUAGUAGUGAUACAAUUAGUGGUAAUCAUUCAGAUGAGGAUAGUGAUGAAGAUGAUAGUACAGUUUAUGAGGUUGCUAUGAAACAAAUGAUUAACUCUCUAUAAUUUUCAUGUUCAUUUGUCGUCGUGAAACUCAUUAGCUUUUAUCUUAUUAAUGAUAUUAUUUCUUAUGUUGAAUGAAUGUCUUACAUAGAAUGAAAAUAGUUUUCAACAUUUAAACAUUUCGUUUACACUUUAUCUUCUCUCUUUAUUUUUGACUGAGAGAUUUUGGUUGUCCGGUUUAAAAUAAGCAAAUAAUUUUUGUGUUUUGUAUUGGAGAAAUGACCAAUUCCCAAGUUAAUAUACUCAUUUAUAUGAAAGAACAUCACAAAUUGAAAUAGUGUAUACACCUUUUUUUCCUAAAAAAUAAAGUUGAUCUAAGUAAUUCGUUCUUAAUACAGAAUCGAAAAAUGCUUCAAAUAACACUAAAUACUGUUUAUUAAUUUCUGUGUUAAUUUAUUUUAAACAUUCUAAAUGAAACUGUUAUUUGUAAAAAUAAACAACAACAACAAUCGAUUGGUUUCUAUUGAAUAGUUAAAUUGUGGAAAUAUGAAAACAAUGCAUUGUAUUAUCCUUUUUGGCAAUGUGAAUAACACGUUUAAAUAUAGAAUAUAAAGAAUUAAUGAAUUUUAUUAGCUUCUUACAGAUUUAUGUGAUUGACAAUUUCAAUUAUUAACAAAACAAAACUAUUCUAGGUGUCUGUUGAAAAGAAAAUGUUAGUGUAAAUGUAUAGAAUGUUGUUUCUCGAUACUGGAGAGUUGUGAGUUGU